AUGCUGAACACCGUGCAGCAUCGACAUGUGGCCAUCGCUCGGCUGUCCCAUCCUACAAAUCUCGGCCGGACAAUGCAGGACUUGCGGUUCAUCAUCAUAGUCAUCGCACCAAGUCGAGCGAAAGGCACGAAAACCGCGUUGGAAACAACUCGCACGUUCGCCACGUUAUUCGCCGAUAUGGAAAUCCGACAGCGGCUGGUGAUGGCUCAGUCCGUCGAAGCGUUCAGAUCGACGUUACUCUCCGCAGCCAAAGAACUUGCCAUGGACCAAAAUCAAUGGCGUGAACGGAAGUCCUCCAUUCAUCUCAGUCAAGCGAAAGAACAGAUUUUUGGUCCAAAUGCAUGGUAUCCGUUUCGCGGUCUAUCAGAGGAGUUCAAACGACGACUGGCUGUCUAUCCGUCCGAUUUCAUCGACGGCGUCACUGGCCAUCGAACGAUGCAAAAGCUUUUCUCGACAGUAGUGUUCGGUCCAAAUGCAUGGUAUCCGUUUCGCGGUCUAUCAGAGGAGUUCAAACGACGACUGGCUGUCUAUCCGUCCGAUUUCAUCGACGGCGUCACUGGCCAUCGAACGAUGCAAAAGCUUUUCUCGACAGUAGUCUUCCUCUACUUCGCAUGUCUUCUGCCAGCGAUUGCCUUUGGAGUGCUCAACGACGACAACACGAAUGGAAGCAUCAAUGUACGAAAAGUGAUAAUUGCCCAAGCGAUCGGCGGCAUCUUUUUCUCGUUAUGUGGCGGUCAGCCGAUGAUCAUAUUGCUCACCACUGUACCGUUAGCCAUUUACAUUAAAGUGAUCUUCAAAAUCUCUCAAGAACUUGGCUAUGAUUUCUUCGCUAUGUAUGCAUGUGUCGGUUUAUUCUGCCAAUUAUUUCUCGUCCUUUAUUCGGCGACUGAGCUAUGCAGUUUGAUGAAAUUGGCGACUCGGUCAGCUGAAGAAAUGUUCUCGUUGUUUAUCGCGAUAGCCUUCACUGUAGAAAGUAUACGGGCCAUACAUAAUAUAUUCCUCAAAAACUACAGCGGAUGUGAUUCACCGAGUGUUGCCAGAGACAAUUUGUCCACCUUCAACAGUACGUCUGCGGCUCUACAGGCAUGUGAUUUUUUUGAUACUGCUGUGCUUUGUCGACGUGACACAUCGAUACUGUACAUGUUGCUGAUGUUUGGAACACUUUGGCUCGCAAUUUUAUCGCGCCGUGAGUGGUUGGCGGACUACGCGCUACCGGCGUCGGUGCUUAUCAUGUCUUUCACCGGAUCUUACUGUUUCGCCGAUAUCGCUAAGGAUCGCUUCAAAUUGCGGGUAGAAGUGCCCAUAAUGCAACCGGCAGACAUCUUUUCACUGCCACCAUCUGGCUACUUUGUGUGCCUUUUGCUAGGAUUCUCGCUGUCAUUUCUUUUCUUUCAUGGAUCAAAACAUCACUUCAGCCAUCGUGAACAAUCCUCAGAACAAACUGAAGAAAGGCUCAACGCAAAACCUCGAUCUGUUCGUGGUGGCUCUUCUGAAUGUGUUUUUGUCGGUGUUCGGCUUGCCAUGGAUGCAUGGCGCUCUUCCGCAUUCUCCGUUACAUCUGCGCGCUCUGGC